CCCGAGGCCAAACCACGGCGGCUGCGGGUGAAGAAGCUGAAUGAGGCAGGGGCUGCAGAGGAGCCUCCAACCCCGGCUCAGGGGGUGAAGAAGGUGAGGAAGAAAAAGGAGGAGAAGGGAGAGGAGGAGAACGACAAGGAUCCCUCCUCCAAAGCCACCAAGGAGCCUCGGAAGAAGAAGGAGAGCCUGGCCCCCCGCUCCCAAGCGGCCAAGGGCUCCAAGAAGCCACAAGAGCCGGCUGAGGAUGAAGAUGAUGAGGAAGAGGAAGAAGAGGCGGAGAAUAAAAACCCACCGAAAAAGCUGAAGAAGAAGGUUCCCAAAGAGCCCCUCGCAGGAAGCGGGGAGAAGAAGCUGAAGCCGAAGGAAGACAAGAGCGACCCUGACAGCAAAGCCAAACCUGCCAAAAGCACCAAGAAGGAGCCGAUGUCCGUGUUCCAGGUGAAGAAGGAGAAGAAAAGCAAGAAGAAAGCCGCCACCAGCAGUGACGAGGAGGACGAUUCCGACUCCAGCACCAAACCCAUUAGGUCAGAGAAGAAGAAAAACCCAGCGUCCCUCUUUCAGACUGGUGGGGACCCCCCAAAGGAGAAAAAAUCCAAAAAGAAAGUUCCUCCUAAAGGGGCUGACAGUGAGGAGGAGACCCCGGAGACCCUGCAGAAAAACUCCAACAGGAAGGGGAAAGCAAAGAAAUCAAAAAAGCAGAAGGAGGAGAGGCCCCCAUCCCCUGUCAUCGAGGUGGACAACCUGGAGGAGUUCGUGCUGCAGCCGGCGCCGCAGGGAGUGACCGUCAAAUGCCGGGUGACACGGGACAAGAGGGGCAUGGACCGGGGGCUUUACCCCACCUAUUAUCUCCACCUGGACAACGACAAGAAGGUGUUCCUCCUUGCCGGGAGGAAGCGUAAGAAGAGCAAAACCUCCAACUACCUCAUCUCCAUCGACCCCACAGACCUGUCACGGGGUGGAGAGAACUUCAUCGGGAAGCUGAGAUCCAACCUGAUGGGCACGAGGUUCACCGUGUUCGACAACGGCGCCAACCCCGACAGGGCCAACGCCGACUGGUCCAACGUGCGGCAGGAGCUCUCGGCCGUGGUCUACGAGACCAAUGUUUUAGGGUUCAAAGGCCCCCGGAAGAUGACCGUCAUCAUCCCUGGGAUGAACGCUGACUGUGAGAGGGUGCCCAUCCGGCCCCGGAACGAUAACGACGGCCUCCUGAUGCGAUGGCAGAACAGGAACAUGGACAACGUGAUCGAGCUGCACAACAAAGCCCCGGUGUGGAACGACGAGACCCAGUCCUACGUCCUCAAUUUCCACGGCCGGGUCACCCACGCCUCCGUCAAAAAUUUCCAGAUCGUGCACAGCAGUGACCCCGACUACAUCGUGAUGCAGUUCGGGCGCGUGGCGGACGACGCCUUCACCAUGGACUACAACUACCCGCUGUGCGCCGUGCAGGCCUUCGCCAUCGCCCUCUCCAGCUUCGACGGGAAGCUGGCCUGCGAGUAGCACCUGCACCGGGACCACCAGGACCACCGGGACCACCAGAACUGCCUGCCCAGAGGGUGCUCCUGCAUCCCUGUCCUGUUCUACUCCCUGCGUUUCCACCUUCUUGCAGUCGUGGCGGUUCCUGGGGUGGUUCGAGGCCCCUGGUGCCCGCUGAGUGCCGUGGGAUGCUCACCCAGCUGCAGGCACCCUCAGGGUGCAGGGAAAUUCGGGGUGAUGGCAGAGCCAGGCUGGAGGUGUAUCCAUACUCAGCAGAUGAGGCUGACUGCGAUCCCUGUCUCAUCCCUUUGGACUCAGAUCCUGGAAACUCAUCCCCCCCCCACCAGUUUUUUGUUUUGGUUUGGGGUUUUUUGGGGUUUUUUGUUUGGUUGGUAGGUUUUGUUAUGGUUUGUAUCUUUAUGCUCAGUCUCCCAGUGAGAAGGGGGUAGGGUGGUCUCCUCACUCGGUGUUUCCUCAUCCCUGCCCACACGCAGGUGGGCUCUGCCGAAGCUCCCAGCUAAACACCCCCAUCCCAGCUCCUUGCCCACCAGGCACAAACCCCCUCAUUUGCCCCAUUUUGCCCUGCUGUGAGCGGAUGGCUGGUGCCCACGGUGUGUUUGUACCCACUGGGUCUCACCUCACUGCCCAGAACACGCCGGGGAUUUGGGUCCCUGGCACCCGCAGCGCCCGGGCACGUGCCGAGGGGUGACAGUGCCAGCAGAGGAGGGCUGGCAGGCACGUGAGGCACAGCUUGCAUUGCUGGCAGGUGGCCCAGCUGGGUCAACGCUGCCAGGAGAGACCUGGAAGAGAAAAGUCAGGGUGCACCAGGAAGCAGUGGAGUGACUCAUGAGGUGUGGUGCGGUGCUGAGUCACGCUCAGCACCCAGACGGGCCCUGCUGAGCUCCCCGCGCCCUCCGCUCUCGCUGUCCCUUUACUCCGUGACGCCCCUCCGGACCUCACUGCCCCAGGUGUCCCCACAGCCGCCUCACUGGUGCUCUGUGCCCAUGAGGGGUGGUGGACAGAAGGUGCCAUCCCGUCUCGCGCUGGUGAGGAGCUGCAGGGAGUCGUUGGGAAGGGGAGAUGCUGAAGAGAGGCGGCUCACUGGGAGCAGGACAGCUCACGCCCACAGUUUCAGCAGUUAUGUGGGGAGGAUUUGGCUGCACAACCAGUCCCAAAUCGGAUUGAUUCAUUGGUGAGAAAAACGGGGGACAUGCCAAGGAGCCCAGAAACACCAUCCUCAACUCUCUGGUGCUGUUUCUGUCACCUGCUCGGCUCACACACUGACUCCAGAACCAUGUGGGAUUCCCUUCCCAGGACACAAAGGGAUUGUUCCUCCAUCCUGGGGGUGGUAUGAGCCCCCCAAGUUAAUGCAGCUGAAGGCAGCUGCAGCAGAAAGGCAGAGGAGCAGAUGGAUGAGAUGGAUGUGAUUGUGCAAGAGGGAUGCUCAUCCUCUCUGGACAGAGUCACAUCACUGUGACCUGGCCUGUCUGCGUGGAGCUGAGGACAGAUGACAGUGACAGGGGGACCACGAGCUGCUGCUGGACCACCGGUGAACAUCUGCCCCAGUGGCUUUGCAGAUGGGAGCGGAGAUUUUUCCCCAGCUGUAUCAAUCUGGGCUCCAUGGCUCGUGGGCAGAUGCUCGUGGUGGGGCAGGCAGAGGUGGACAGCUUGGGGACAAGCCAGCCCACGUGGGACAUCAUCUGUUACCCACGCAGCGAGCUCAGGGAACAUCUUGUGAGCUAAAGGGAGAACCAGCCACAGCAGUUUGGGGCCAGCGUCCCCAGCGGGGUAUGGCCAGCAAAUGUGGGGAAAGCAAGAGCUUUCUGCCCAAAUCCAGCCUCAAACCCAACAUCUGUUUGAAAUCGGGACGAGCUCAGCUAACGGUUGAGCUAAUGCUUGUCCCCGUUUCCUCCAACGCAAGGAGAAAAGCAGCAGCAGGGUGAGAGAGAGGGGUUUGGGCUCCCCAGGUUCUGUCUGCCCUUAUCCCAGCUGCUCCCCAGGUUGAUUCUCCCUCCCCUCACCCAAAACGUUUCCAUUUUCCAUCUGCCCAUUUUUGCCUGCAAACCCUUCAGGUUUGCCGUCCUGUCGCCCAUGGCAGAGCCAAACCCCUGCCAGGGGUGUCCCAUGCAGCGUCACCCAACCUCAGAGCAGCCACCGCAUCAGCCGCCCACCCCAAAUCCCUUUUCACAAACCCUCUAACGCAAACCAACUGUGGCAGAAGAAACAAACGAAAACAAUUU